CUACCAGGUACACAACCCAUAUCUAUCCCUCCUUAUAGAAUGGCUCUUGCUGAGCUAAAAGAGUCGAAGGAUCAGCUGAAAGACUUGUUGGAUAAAGGCUUUAUCAGGCCUAGUGUUUCACCAUGGGGUGCGCCAGUGUUAUUCAUGAGGAAGAAAUAUGGCUCACUAAGAAUGUGUAUUGAUUACCGACAACCGAAUAAGGCGACUAUAAAGAAUAAGUAUCCCCUUUCGAGGAUCGAUGACUUGUUUGAUCAGUUACAAGGUGUUGAGUGCUUCUCAAAGAUUGAUUUAAAAUCAGGGUACCACCAGAUAGGAGUUCGGGAGAAAGAUGUUCCAAAGACAUCUUUUAGAACCAAAUAUGGACACUUUGAGUUCUUGGUAAUGUCAUUUGGAUUAAGUAAUGCCCCAUCAGUGUUCAUAGACCUGAUGAAUAGCAUAUUCAGGCUGUAUCUAGAUGCAUUUCUGAUUGUAUUUAUUGAUGAUAUUUUGGUCUAUUCGCAUUCAAAAGUUGAGCAUGCAAAUCACUUGCGAGAAGUCCUUCAGGUUCUUUGAGAGCAGGAACUUUACACAAAGUUCUCUAAGUGUGAGUUCUAGUUGAGCUCUGUGGCUUUCCUAUGCCAUAUCAUAUCAGAUUCCGGCAUUAUGGUUGAUACACAAAAGAUUGAGGCCGUAAAGACUUGGCCCAGACCCAUGACUGCGACUGAGGUUCGUAGUUUCGUAGGAUUAGCUGGGUACUACAGAAGGUUUGUAGGGGGUUUUCUUCACCUUCAGCACCAUUAACGAAGUUGACUAAAAAAUGGCUAAGUUUCAGUGGACUAAGGUUUGCAAGCAUAGUUUCUAGGAACUGAAGGACAGGUUGACAUAAGCACAAGUUCAAGCAUUGCCAGAGGGUUUAGAGGGCUAUGCGGUGUAUUGUGAUGCCUCUGGUGUUGGGUUGGGGUGUAUUCUAAUGCAAAUGGUAAGG